AAAGGUUGAGUCGCUGAGUGGGGUCCUCUGUCCCAUCGUCUCUUAUAACAGAAAGUUUGAAGCCGGAGGUGAUCGGUUAAAAUGCCAGAGGAGAUGGCAGACGGUGGGAGAAAGCUCGUGACUCUCGACGACCUCAUCGAUGCCGUGGACAAGCGCGAGAGGGCGCCAAGUAAUGUCCCGAAGGUCGAGACAUUUCACUUCAAAGGGGAUCGGGUAUCUGAUUGGUUGGAUCUGACAGAGCAGGCGCUGGUGGGACUGUCAGAUGAGGUUAAGCUCCAGCGGGUUCUGAGGUAUGUCUUGCACAGUCACCAUCGGGAAGUAACUAAGGUUGUGGACGCCGCCGGUGGCAGUUGGGCAAAGUUUGGAGACCUAAUGCGAAGGAAGUAUAGGCUGGGGGACGGCCUGUUGACCAUGGCCGACUUGGAGGCCAUGAACAAGGAAGACUUCUCUACCGUUGGGGCGUUUGGGCACGAGUUCAAGAAAAGGGCGAGGAAAGUGCACGGGAUUUCUGAGGAGGCGCAGUGCGCCACAUUUUUGGGGCUGCUUACAGGCUCGGAGGCCACAGAGCUGACGAAGUAUGGGAAAGGAAGCGAGAGGCUCACCUGGGAAACCAUUGACAAGGGAGUGGAAGAAGGGAGCCUGGACCAGGUGGAGCAGCACCAAAUGAGGCUGCAAAGGCGCAAGAGGAAGGAGAGGGAUGCUACUGCAUCCGGGACCCCAGGGGUGAAGAAAAUAGUCACGGACGUGUUGGCGGCACUGGGGUAUGAUAGCGAAGCAGAACUACAGAAAAAAGUGGUGGCAGUGGCCCAAGGCCUGGCGUCAGGAGUAGGAGAUGAGGAGGCAGGGCGCGAAGACUACGGCGGAGGGGAGACGGGCUCCCAAGCCCUGACUAAGGCUCAGAGGAAGCAGCGUAAUCUGCUACUGGGGGGACAGGGAUUAGGGAAAGGGCAGACUCCCCAAGACCUUGCCGCACCACCACCUGUUGCCACGGCUGCCCCAGCGCCCGCGCCAGCCAGAUCAUCGCAUAUGGGGCCGCCGCCAUCUUGUGGAUACGGGCGGUUGAAGGCGGGGACUAUAAAGGAGGAGCCCAUAGUUGUUGAGUCUGACGAUGAGGCGCAGGAAGUGGUGAGAGAGUCAGCCUCGACCAUCCUGGAGAGGAUGGAGGACCUGCUUGCAAAGGUCGGCAGGUAUCAGGAACGACUAAGGGCAAUGUGUGAAAAGGCCCGGGAAUGGGAAAUGAGCCUUCCGGAGGUGAUGCUCCAUGGGUCCGGUCCGGAGUCGUCAUCAGGACCGCAAGGAUGUCCAAGCGUGGCGACAGCCGGGGCAGGUCCGAUGUCAGGGAUGACCUUUAGACCCCCUACAUCGCAUGGAAGGGUACCACAGGCCGCGCAGACUAGGGGCCAAAGUAAGGCUACCACCAGUCAAGGGCCUAGCCAGGCACCCAGUCGGGCGCCCCCUCGAAAGGACCCUGAGCCCGAACGAAGAAAGGAAGUGGUAGAGGUUCAAGAAAAGGAAGAUGAGGGUGAUGACGAAGAGGACGAGAGGCUCCGGCAGGAAGAGGACCGGAGGGCGGAACAGAGGGCCAAGAAGAGAGGGGCUCAGGGAGGGGUGGAGCCGACUUUGCAUGAUGGCGUGCCAAAAAGGAAGAAGUACGCAGUCCGGCUGGAGGAAGGCUUUGACGUGGAGCGAAUGGUGGAUAAGCUACUGAAGGGCCAUAACGAUCUGAUGAACUUAAAGGACAUUUUGACCUCAGCACCAAGGCUCCGGGGCGAGCUGAAAGGGCGGCUCUCGCGAAGGUUAAUGCCCAAUGUCCACCUGAGCUCAAUUCUGCCCAGGGAGAUAAAGUGGACAGAGGCGGGCACCAGGAUGGAUUGGAAAUGUGUGGCGUGUAGGUUGGUGGACUUCAAGGUGAGGGACCAGCCGAGCAUUGCAAUGGUGGACACGGGCGCGGAGAUGAAUAUCAUCCGGGAGCGGGACGCGACGAUGUUAGGGUUGGAAGUUGACCAUUCGGACCAUGGUGUGCUGCACGGCGCCAACUGCAAGGCCAUUUUCUGCGGCACCGCGUCCAAUGUGAUGGUGGAGAUUGGGGGAGAGAGGACCUUGAUGGUGGAGACCAUGAGGAGGAGGCAUUGCGCAUAUGCGUUUAAUGAUGAUGAGCGUGGGAGGUUGGACGUGGAUAAGAUCCCGAUGAUACGAAUCCAUAUCGUCCCACACGAGCCGUGGAACCUGAGGGGCGCGCGGUACCCGAAUCCGGAUGAGGAGAAGAACGUGGUGGAUUACUUGGAUGGGAAGAUGAGGACGUAUGUGGCAGAUUACUCCAGUGGACCGUAUGCUUCCUCUUGGUUUUGUUCUAUCAAGCCGAACGGAACGCUGCGGUGGGUGCAGGAUCUGCAACGACUGAAUGCAGUGACGGUGCGGGACGCGGGAGGAUUGCCGAACGCGGACGCCCUGUCAGAAUCAUGCGCAGGAAGGCCUAUAAUUUCACUUAUAGACCUUUACUCUGGGUAUGACCAGUUUCCUGUGUACCCACCGGAUAGGCCGGUGACGGCGAUGCAUACGCCAAGGGGGCUGAUCCACAUGAACGUGACGCCUCAGGGGUGGACUAAUGCGGUGGCGAUGGUGCAAAGGCAUAUGAUUAGGGCCAUGCAGACGGUUAGUCCACAUAUUACUCAGCCCUACAUUGACGAUUUGGCGGUCAAGGAUCCAAAGGAGAAGGAGGAAGAUGAAGUGAUGCCAGGAGUGAGGCGGUUCGUCUGGAAGCACGUCCAGGAUAUCGAUCAGGUUUUGGGUCUGCUGGAAGAACACAACCUGGCGGCGAGCGGCCCCAAGUCGAAACAUUGUAUGAGGGAGGCCACGAUUCUGGGCUUUGUCUGCAACGAGAAGGGGCGGAGGUCAGACGUGAAGAAAACGGAUAAGAUCCUAGAGUGGCCAGUCCCCUUCCAGUCGAUAACGGAUGUGAGGAGCUUCCUUGGGACCUGCGGGUUUUGGAGGAGUUUUGUGAAGGACUUCGCCACCAAGACGGAGCAUUUGAGGAAGCUGAGGUUGAGAGCUUCCCCUAGGGGGCGUGAUGACGUGCCCAUUCGAUUGGAGGACGGGAACGCGGAUGAGUUCAUCCCCGCAUACGAGCACUACAUGUUGAGUCUGGGGGUUGCGUGGGAGGAAUGGGUACAAACCCUACUUAUCUGGACGAGGCAGGCAGAGAGGCAGGUGGCCAAACAGAUUCGGGAGAGGGCUCGAGACUGGGAGGACUGUCAGGCCCAGCUUAGAAGGGUGUUCGGACGGCCACAGCACGAGAGGCACGAGCCCAGAGUUGAAAGGCGGCGGCGAAGCAAGAGGCCAAGGGAACCGGCACCGAGAGAGGCGAGACUGGCCGGAGAGAGGAGGGGAGCCCCAGCCCAGCGGGAGGAUGAGCCUGCAGGGCCCGCAUUGGCAGAGGAGUCGUUCCCUGCUUGUGGCCUCCGGGCGGUUGAGUUCCGGCAGAUUACGAACAAGGAGUUGAGGCCGCCCUCGCCACUGCCAUCAACGCAGGAGCUGGAUAUACCAAGAGAGACGCCAUUCCGAAGCUUAGCGACUCAUCUCGAUGUAUCCCAAUGGGAGGCCUCACGGCUGGGAGAGGGCUCAGUUGAGCCGGCAUGCUACGUGCCAUUGGAGGAGCCCCUCGACCCUGAGCUGGAGACAGAUAUGCGAGACCGAGAGGAGCCGCAGGGUCCUGAGAUGGCAGCCGAGUGGCCGGAUCCGGUACGACCUCAGGGUAGAGAGGUGAUCACGGUUGGGGACGAUACCCCUCCAUGCUCCCCAGCUCCAGAGCCAGCACAACGUUCAUGGCCAGAGGGGAUUCCUGAGCCAGGCAGUGAGGAGAUUCCGGAGUUUCCCCCUGAGGCCACCACUGUGCCUGAGCAGGAGGCAGAGGCGGAGGACCAGGGAGUGUGUGAGAGAGCAAGAGUGGAGGCGCCCUUUGACUUGCCAUCGGCCACGCACGUGGCCGAGGGCCCAGUUAUCGAGGAGCCCAUUCCGAUGGAGUCACCGCCGGCAGUGCCACGUACGAGCGAGAGGAUGAGAGCCGAGGUGUCGACCAAUGAGCUCAGGGUUAAGGAGUUGGAGGUAGAACACCUGACCACUCAGCUUGCCGAGGAGAGGGCGAGGAUCCAGGCCAGAGAGGUUGAGUGGGAGAGGAGAUUUGGGGAGAUGGCGACCGCUAUGGAUAGGCUCUCAGCAGCCUGGGAGGCUAGCCAGAUGAGGCCUAAUAGCCAGGGCUGUGGGACGCAGGCGCCGCCGAAUCAGGAAGUAGCAGUGGAGGUCCGUCGUCAGGCCGAGCCGAUGGAGGAGGCGCCCUUGGACGCAGUCGAGGAGGAGAGUGGCGCGCAGGAGUCGCUUAUGGCUAUGUCCACAGAGAGGAGAAGUUCGCGUUUGCAUGAGCUGGCGGCAGCCAUGGGGAUAAUCACUCCACAGGAGAGGCCUCAGAGACUCGAUGCUCCAGAGCAGGCCCCAAGGUUGGGAGAGUUGAGGGCGGAGCUGGGCUCCUGGGCCACGGGGACAGAGUCAAGAGGGUCUGACUCGCGACGGCAACAGCAGCAGCAGGAGGUCAUGAGUGAGCCCACCACCAUGAUGGGCUCUCAGCCGUCAGGCUCAUGCAGGGAUGAGGUGGUGGUUGUGGCAGAGAGGGCUCAUGGGGAGGGACCCCGAGGGUUGGAUAUGCCAGACUGCAGGCCAGUGAGCACAGUUGAACGAGGAAGUGAGGGUGCUGAGGCUAUGGAGCCCGGACCUCAGGGCCAUAUGGGAUUGCCCUCGUGUCAUGAGGUAACUACUGAGACCAUGGGGACGCCUUCAGCAUCGAGUUCGCAGGGGAGAAAGAAAAAGACUGCCAGGUGGCACCAUACCUCCUGUUUUUGGUGCAAGGAAGAAGGGCAUAGAGCCGUGGACUGCCCAGAACUCCUAGAGGAUAAGGCCGAGGGGCGAGUUGCGGAGUUCAGUGGCAAGUUCUACGACAGGCAGGGCAAGAUAGUAGAGCGAGCUCCAGAUGGGGGCAGGGCUCAGUUGUAUAGGCAGGACCAGGAGGAAUUGUGUAAGUAGGGACCGGUCUGUCUAUAUAUGGGUAGGACUAGAGAUCCUUGACACACACAGGGCGGGGUUAGGGGUGUACAUAUUUUGAGUCAGU